AUGGCGGCUCCAGAAAUGGUGGAGGUCGAUGUGGAGCCAAGUCUCAGAGGUCCUGAAAUAGUCACCAUGGGGGAAAAUGACCCACCCGCGGCUGAGGCCCCCUUCUCCUUCAGAUCGCUUUUUGGACUUGACGAUUUGAAAAUAAGUCCUGUAGCACCAGAUGCGGACGCGGUCGCGGCACAGAUACUGUCCCUCCUGCCGUUGAAGUUCUUUCCAAUCAUCGUCAUCGGGAUCAUUGCACUGAUAUUAGCACUGGCCAUUGGUCUGGGCAGUGACUACGUGAGUUCAGACGCCCUCAGGGUCGACCUAGUGGAAGAGCGGCUGCAGGGGGACUUCGCUUCCAUCAAUCACCUGCUGCCGGAUGACAAAGUGACGGCUCUCCACCACUCGGUGUACGUGAGGGAGGAAUGUGCCUCGGGUCACGUGGUUGCCUUGAAGUGCAUGGGUAAGAGUUCUUCAACCACAGAGGUUGCUCACAGACUCCUGUCCCCCCUGCCCCGCUCCGGCUGCCCGGGGUCCCCUCUCCUGGGUGCCAGCCUGUACAUCCCCAAGUCGUGGACCAUCCAGGUGGGCCUGGUUUCCCUGCUCGACAGUCCGGCCCCUUCCCACCUGGUGGAAAAGAUCAUCUACCAUAGCAGGUACAAGCCCAAGAGGCUGGGCAAUGACAUUGCCCUCAUGAAGCUGGCCGGGCCGCUCACCUUCAACGAGAUGAUCCAGCCAGUCUGUCUGCCUAACUCCGAGGAACAGUUCCCUGAUGGAAAAAUGUGCUGGACGUCAGGAUGGGGGGCCACAGAGGAUGGAGGCGAUGCAUCCCCGGUCCUCAACCACGCAGCCGUGCCUUUACUCUCCAACAAGAUCUGCAACCACAGAGAUGUGUAUGGAGGCAUCGUCUCCCCCUCCAUGCUCUGCGCCGGCUACCUGAAGGGCGGUGUGGACAGCUGCCAGGGAGACAGCGGGGGACCGCUGGUGUGUCAGGAGAGGAGGGUGUGGAAGUUGGUGGGAGCGACAAGCUUUGGCAUCGGCUGUGCCGACGUGAACAAGCCCGGCGUCUACACGCGCAUCACCUCCUUCCUGGACUGGAUCCACGAGCAGUUGGAGAGGGACCUGAAAACCUGA